CAAUCUACCCUAGCUCACAAGCUCGCAGUGGUUCGUCUUGCCAAGCUGGCAAACCUGACAGGAACCUCUGGAAUAAUCACGGCCCAGUGUCGUUGAGGUGAGCGAUGGACACACUGCACACCCAGACGUGGGCAUCUCGAGAUAUCUGAUCCCUGCCGCUGUCUUUUGCGCUUCAGGCCCGCCACCUCUAUGGCACACUUCGAUGUGGAGCGAGGCGACAUCCGCUUCCGCGUCAAGGUGCCACACGGCUCCAGCGACUUCACAUGUCGGCUGGCCGAAGGCGUCCUCCGCCGCAACAUCACUGCUGCGCGGGUCAGGCUGCUCAUCCAGCUGGGCGCCGAUCCCAAUGCCACUGUGCAGCUCACAGACCUCAACGAGGGAUGGGAGCUGGAGUUCUCCCUGAUAGAGCUCUGCAUUGACGGAUGGGCGCGCGAGAUGGCCUCGUCUGCGUACCUCUACGGCAUUAGGUGGGAGGGCCCGGCAGACGGCGGAGCGUCGGUCGUGCGAGAAAUGAUCGCUGGCGGAGGUCUCAUAGCGGGAUCGGUGGGCGAGACGGCCCUCUACCGCGCUGUGUGCAACGUCAACAGGAGCGUCGUGGACCUGCUGAUUGGAAUUGGGGUGCGGCUAAGUGGUAAUGAAGCAGAGGAGGAGGGCAUCAGUGAGAGUUUGCUGGAGGACAUGCUCGAGUACCACCGAGAUCUGCACUUCGCCAACCACCGGCCAGCCAGCGGCCAAGACGUGCUCUACAUGAUCCGCACACUCACGCGCCGAUGGCCCCACCUGCUGGCUCACGAGCGGACUCGCAUCGACUGCCUGCGGGCAGUUCUCAACCACCCUGUGCUGGAGGCCGACGCACAGGAAGCCAUCCUGACCCACCUGCACACCAACCCCCGCCCACUCCCCAUCGACGACAGGGAGUUCGGCCGCCUUCUCGCCCGUGCAGCGAGGGGCAUGCAUCACACGUCCAUCGACUGGCUGCACUCCACUGACCCGGCGGCCUUCAGGGCGAGCAUCAACACCAGGGUGCUGGGGGCUACGCCACUCAGCCAGGCGGCGGGCGAGAGGAUGAGGGACGACCUCCCAGAUGACCUGGCUCAGGAGUGGGAGGCGGAGAGGGGGAGGUGCAUUCGACGGAUGAUCCAGCUCGGCGCCUGUGUGGAGGCGGCAGGCGUCGCCCCCCUCAAAGCCAAGCCCACGGAACAGCGCCAGCAGUGGGAGAGGAGGGCGCUGCAGGCCUACAGUGCGGAGCUGAGCCAGCUGUCGACGGGCGAGGCCGUCAUGGCCGCCGUCAACGCGGCCUUACGCCCUAUGCGCACAUGGGCGGCCAACCUUAGUGCUGCAUUACCCGACAUGACCACGGAGCAGCUGACGGCGGCCUUCCCCCACCAGAGCAGCCCCAGCCCCAUGUCCCCCUCCCCCUCCCUCCCACCGCCCAGCGGCACCAGGCCCCUCAACCGCGACGUGUCGGCCUUCACAUGGCGCAUCGGGUCAUUCUUCGUCGACCCAUCGGCACUCGAGGGCGCCAUCGAGACCCAGACGACCCUCGGCAAGCGCAUCAACGCGGCAAUGCGCCGGUAUGUCGUCGAGGCGUCCUCCCUGUCCGUGUCGUGCAACCAGGAGAUCACCGGCACGAGCAAGGCUGACCACAAAAGGACGCGCGACGGGCAGCAGCUGGUGCGGCCUUCCCUGCAGUGCUUUGCGCUUGGAGGGGUCAGGGGUGCACGGCUGGGCCUGCGGGAGGUGGUGCGCUGUGCCAUAGCCGAGGAGGCAGCCAAGUACGGGCUGGCCGUGGACGGCAUGUCCUGUGUCCCGCUUUUCGAUUGGCGUCAGCUGGGCUAUGUGGCGGGGGGAGGAGCUGUUUUUGUGUUGAUGGGGAUGGAAUGAGAUAGAUGAGUCAGUGGGGCUGGCUGAUAGACAGAAAGCGGGCGGGCGCUGUUGUAAGGGAGGGAGCAGUGGCUGCCCUUUGGUGGUAUGGUUAGUUCGAGUCUCUGUGAAUAGCUGGGGUUGGUGGGGUCGACCCGACCGGUGUGUCAGUCAGUGUCUGGAGGCUGUGAUCGAGGGCUGACAUUGAGCCGAUAGAGAGCACAUGCCGGUGGGCGUGAGGCAGCGGUGGCUUUGCAUGGAUGUCUCUGUGUGGGUAGGCGGCCUUGCAAAGCCUCUGCGUUGAACGCAAACCAGCACACGAAAUCUACUCGUGUGGAAAUUUCCUUGGUGACGGUCGUCUUAUAUCGGGGCCAUCACAGUACCUCGUUGGUAGUAGUGUGUGCUGAUGCUCAUGUCCUCUUUUUCUGCACGGAAAGCAUGAGUGUGUCAAGAGACGGCACACAUGUACACUCUUAGUGGACGAGUGAUGUGGUGCGAUGCGUGGCUAGCUGUUUGAAUCAAGA